GCCAAAAAGACGGGGUAUUUUGUGCCCUUGAUGAGAACUAAAUCCACAUUUUCUAAACUCUUCACUAUCUCUCUUGUAAUCGUAUACGCUGCCCCUGUUUCAUCCUGAAGAAGACCCUUCUGUAGUAGAGAGAGGGGAAGGCAGCGAUCAUCUCUGGCAGCGGGUUAGGGAAUUUGGCCGAUCCAGAUUCCAUGGUGAGCAACUCCAAUCACGUUCAGCGAUUCUCCAGGCUAAUAGGGUUUGGAAGAAGUCUGAAAGAAGAAGAUACUGGAGGCGCCGGAACUCGGGUCCAAAUGUCCGUGCAAACGGUAUGGUUACAAUCUCAAUAGAGAGCAAGGACUUUGAAUUUCUAGCUGAAGAGCAGUGUAUCAGAAUUUCAGAAUCCAAAGCAGGUAAAACACGAUUCUUAACAGUCUCUUGGGCUAUUGCACACUAGUUGAUUGAUACUAUUACCAGACGUGACUUCUCAAAUGAAAAUUGGGAAAUAUCUAGAUACGAUGGGGAAUUCUCUGCCAAAGUUUCUUGGGAUUCAAAUCGUUUUGGACAUUUUGCACGCCUUGUUUCAAAAACAGGGUCCUCACAUAAUCAGAUUAUCAUUCCUGCUGGCUUUUACUUAGAGGGACUAAAACUUUUCAGCAAGGGUCUGUCAGAAUUAUUGAGGAACUCAAAUGGAUUAAGAAACCACAUGCCACAGCCACUGCCAAUUGUUCUUCAAGAAGGUCUUGGUUCUGCAAAAGUCUGCAAGGAUGAGGGAUGGAGAUGCUUUCAUGUAGUUAAUUCUGCUACUAGGCGUGAUGAAGAACAGAUUAAUCUUAGAAGUAGGCUUAUUGUUGACCUCACUAUGGAGAAAGAGAUGGAAAGUUUGCAAAGGCACACACCAUUGGCAGAGGUUCCUUUAGACCAGGGCUGUCUGAAUCUAUUUCAUCAAGUUAUCAAGGAUAACAUCAACCUCUUCAAGAAAUCAAUUGCUAGCAAACAAUUUUUGGAAGCUCUCCAUAAAGGACAGAUUCUCAAUUACUCAGAGGAAGUCGUAAGGGUUACUAGAGAGGCAAUCAAAAGCUUUGAGUAUAUUGAUGCAGCGACAAUGGAAGGUGCAAAGUAUCCGGUGUAUCUUGCUUAUGCGAAAGAAGAUAUGAAAGUCGUUCUAGCUAAUUUAUGUGGAGAACAGGAUUGAUUAGGAUCACUCUAUGGGCAUGGGCCUUUUUCAGUUUCUUGGUCAUUUGAUUAUGUGGUUUUGGUCUUUCAAAGGGUACUGACCCAGGGGUUGAUGACCUGGGCAUUAGUUUUUGCUUGAUUCAUUUUCUUUGGUGCAGUUUUUGGGCUUUGAGCAGUUUGGGGUUUUAAGCAUCAUCUGCAGGAUUGGUUCAAAUCUUUAAGCUCUUGUUUGGUUCAAGAUUGGUGGUUCUACUUUAGGCUAGAGAAUGGGAACUUCAGGUUGAUGAAGGAUUGCCAUUUAUUAUUUGGUCCUAGCUAGCAAAGAGCCGUAGUAGUACAACACUUAUCAGGCCAUUGUUAAGAUGCUGCAACCAAGGACAAGUAGUGAUUGAUUAUUGAAGGCUGGAAAUGAAUUUUCCAAACCAUAAAAUCUCAAUCGGAGGAUAAGGACCAUAAGGUUGCAGGGAUUCCAAUAGGAAGACAACAAACUCUGGGUUCUGGGUUCUCUGUUGCCAGCCUUAAAUUACCAUAUUUGUACUCUUUUCUUUUGUUUGGUUUGACUCGUUUUUAGUGCCUUAUUUUAUGCUUUUGGCCAGCUUGUUGGGGACAGGCCACUCUCACCUCUUGUAUUUUUCUUUUAUUCAAUAAAAUCUCUUUUUGGAA